GCUUUCACUUUCUGAGGAAGAUCACCGACAUGUCCCGAGAACCGGCGGGGGGUGGACGGUUGCGCUGUCUGUGGUGGUGUUUAUGACUUUAAAAGGCGUCACGUUGAAGCUUAAAGUUCGGGAUUUUAGAACAGAAACUCCGAAAGUGAGCCGCGGUUCCGGACGGACACGCGCGCGCGCCGUGUUCCGAAAGUCCUCUGAUUUCCGCAUAUUCCGGCAGCUGGAAUGAGUACAGCACCACGAUCCACUGCGGGCGCACGGGCACGCGCGUUUGGUCCUGGCUGAGGGGGUCUGGGGGGUCCAGAACGCGUCACUGCGGAGACCAGGACCCGGAAAUGCGCGCGAGCAGCUGCCUGACCUGCGACCAAAGCCACGCCCCCUCUGCAGCUGCAGCAGCUCAGACCCUGAGGGGGGGCUCCGGCCCCAGCCAGGGGCCUGUGGGCCAUGAUGGGGUGUUCAGCUGGACUGUCAGGUCUGACUGCAGCAGCAGCUUCUCCUGCAGUUGCUCUCAUCAUGGCGUACCAGGCUGGGAUUCAACAGGAGCCCGCCGCUUUGGUUCAGAUCAUCAGCUCCAACAUACAGAGGAUCACACAGCUGACCUCAGAGCUGCAGAGGACGGUGACCCUGCUGGGGACGGAGCAGGACAGCAGCCAGCUCAGACAGAAGCUGCAGCAGAAACAGCAGCAGGGGAACCAGCUGGCCAAGGAGACCGACCAGCAGAUCAAAGCCUUCAGCGCCCUCCCCGUCGGGCCCGAUCAGAGGCAGAGGAAGCUGCAGAAGGAGCGGCUGCUCAAUGACUUCUCUGCAGCUUUAAACAGUUUCCAGAAGACGCAACGGCAGGCUGCCGAUAAGGAGCGCGAGUUUGUGGCUCGAGUUCGAGCUGGAUCCAGGUUGUCGCAGGGAGGUCAGCCUGACGACAGCUUUGGACAUCUUCCUCCAAGUUACUCCCAGGUCCAGACUGAGACUGAAGCCAUCACAGAGGAAGACCUGAGGCUGAUCCAGGAACGAGAGUCCUCCAUCAGGCAGCUGGAGUCGGACAUCACAGACAUCAACGACAUCUUUAAGGACCUUGGAAUGAUGGUGCACGAGCAGGGGGACAUGAUAGACAGUAUAGAAGCCAAUGUGGAGUCGGCAGAUGUGAAUGUCCAGAGUGCCACGCAGCAGCUGGCCCGCGCUGCAGACUACCAGCGGAGCUCCAGGAAGAAGAUCUGCAUCCUGCUGGUGGUUCUGGCCAUCGCUGCGGUUGUAAUCGGACUCAUCAUCUGGGGAGCCACUAAACAGUGACGGCCUCUGCAGACGUUCUCUUCUCUGACCCGUCGUUCCUCUUCUUUGAUUAGAUUAUAUUUUUUGAGAAAAGCGCUCCUUGCUGACAGGACUGUACACACUGUGCUGCCAAACUCUCUCAGAAAUUAUGCUGAGUCAUGGUUUGUCUUAAAGGCUUUGUCAGGAUGGCAGAGCUGGCAGGUGCUAAAGCUGAACUAUGAAGCAGUGGAAACUGAAGCUGAACAUGCUUCCUGCUGCAGCUGCCUGCUGUUAUCAGCUGAGAAACGCUGACUCAGGCCUGCAAAUAAACAGGAGUUAGGUACAUAGUUCAGUGUCACUGUAUAAUCCAUCAGGGCACGUUUGAGCAACCUUAAAUUACAUAAUGAAGCAUUAAAGUAAUGAAUUUAGACUUUGAUUGUAUGAUCAGAGCCUGCACCUCCUGCAGAUUUAUGAAGAAAUAUUCUGAAUUGAUAUUUUGUCACAUAAGUAUAGGACGUGAAUUUGUUGUUGGAGGAUUUGAUUGUUUGUUUUAAACUGCUGAGAGAACAAGCUGUCCAUCCGUUCUAUCAAUGGGCACAUUUGAACUGUCAUCAGAGAAGCUGUGGAGACUGGAGAAAAGUCAUUUUCAGAGAUUUUUGUUUCUUUUAAGUGUGCCUUAAAAAAUAUCUGAGUAUCAUAAGUGGAUAUCUGUUCAAUAAAAAGAUGAAAGCUGAAACCAAAAGCAGCAGAGACACUAAGACCAGCAGAGACAACAAGUUCUUUGACUUCCAUGUGCAAAUAUAAGGUUUUUUUCUUUAAUGGAAUCAGACAUGUGAUUUAAAGCACAUUAAACAAAAUGUCAAAACUUCCUUUUUCACAGUUUCCGAACAGACUUUACCAAAUAAAUCACUUUCCUGUUUCUGUUCUGAUUUUUUCAAACAGACUUGAGUAAAGAAAAGAGCAAAAGCAUAACCAAAGAAAGUGUGAGGAAACAUUUAAUCUCAUCUAUCAGAGGAAUGUCGGCUGUUUGGCUCAAUUGUUUUAUAAUAUUAAUCUAAUCUAAUUCAGAAAAUGCUGACGGUGAACUCACGUGCACUUUAGACAAAUUCAUAGAUUAAACACACAUAUGUGGCAUGCAGCACAUUCCCAUUACAGCACACAUGCGAGUCAUUCCCAGUGAGUGAGACGUGGCUCUGAACUCAUGUGACCCUUAAUAAAUCAUCAUAUUUGCUUCAAA